AUGGCAGAAGAUAAAACAUUUCGCUAUGGACUAAUUAUCCUGGGUUUCUUUUUGGUGAUGAUUGGCAUGUUCAUUAUGAGUGUAGAUAAGCCCCAGGUGUACAUUACAUUUUGUUCUAUGGGGGUCCUUAUGAUCUUUAUUGGAAUCACUUGGAGUAUCUGUCAGUGUUACCCAAAGAUAACCUUUACUCCAAUUGAUAUGGAAGAUGAUUCCUUUACAGAGAAGUCUCCAGUGCUCCCAAAUGACUUUAUCCCUGACAAGCAAUGUUCUAGUACUCAAUAUACUAGCAGUAAAGAAGCUGAAGUCUAUGAAACUGGCUUGCCAUCCUACGAUCAGAUUCAUAUAAAGGUGGAAGAACCUGGUGAGGGGAAGGAUGUUCAGUCAGUUCCCACUCUGCUGCACCCUUUGUUGUUAGACUGCUCCCAAAUGACUUUGCAGGCCAAAAUUGAAAUACACAGAAAUGUGGACAAUGAUAGCCAGAUAUCUGCUGAACCAGCUGGGACUGAUUAUUCAGCCUGCCUACUUGACUACAAUAGAGAUGCACCGGCACCACUCGCUUCACUGAAUGAAGAGGAUGAAAUCAACACAACAUCUUGUGAAUCAGAUGCAAGAAGUAGCCAUGGUUCUCUGAAUGCCUGUGAUACCUGGUCAUUUAAACAGAAAGCUGUGACACAUUUUGGAGAAACGACCUCUUUUGAAGGAAUUGCACAUAUAGAUUCCCCGUUAAAUGAUGAAAUAAGUUUAAAUUCUGAAAAUGAAAAUGUUUCUCCUUCAGAACAGAUGAGCAAUACUGAUACUGAAGAUCCUUCUGUACAGACACUUUGUAUCCCUGAUCAGAUACAGGAGUCAGUGGAUGACUUGUAUUAUGGACUGAAGGAUGAGUUGGAUCAUUUAGUGAUUGCGGAUGAAUCAGACUUUGAACAAUAACAAAAACAUACUAGCAAUUACCAUUUGCUUCACAAAUUAUUUUAUAUUGAAUCGUAGGGAUGAAUUAGGCUACAAAGGUUGAGAGGUCUGAGUAAAAAGGAGAUCAACAUGGUGUCAGGUAUUUCUGGGAGAAUAAUCCCCAAUUUUUGCCUUCAAAUUCUGCUACUACCAGUAUGCUAAACUGAUGAUGUAAAAAAUGCUUUUAAAUUCCAAACAACUGCUUAAUUAUAGAAGCAUACUAUUUUUGAGGCCAGCAAAUCUGUCCAAAGUUCCAUUAGCUUCCAAAACAAUGCAUUACUCCAAUGAAGCUGCCAUUCAGUGGUCUAUGAUAAUGAUUAUAUGUUUGGUUUUAAACGUAACAAAUGUAUGAGCUGCGAGGGCUGCCAUCUUUAGUGUGGAAUUCCAGGCAGUCACAAUCCAACUCCCUACCUCAUGUUUCUUUACUGGUUACUGUCUGAAUACCCCAUCAUUUUUAUUCUGACUGGUAUACUAUAACUGUAAGACUGUACAGUACCAUGACCAUAUUGUGUACAUUUUAAGACAUUCUUGUUGGGACUAACAUUCUGAUAAUUGAGGCCUUAUAGAUGAUAAGUGAGCUGGAGGAGAAUAGUCAUAUAAGUGACGAGAGGGGCAGUCUGGUAGUUACGGGGUGAUGCUGAUGUGCAGUCCAGAUAGGAGGCUGUUUAGUUCACACCAUGAGCCAUUAGCCUUUGUCUUCAGUCAUCAGCAGUGUCAGACUGGCCCACUGGGAUACCAGGAAAACUCCCAUGGGCCCCGGAGUCAGUGGGCCCUUUUGCUUCUAAA